AUGUCACGAACAACAACGGCACUCGUCGCGCCCAAUCUCGAUGGCUACUUCAAGCUUCAGCAAGUCCAUCUAGACUCUUUACAACCUGAUGAGGCACUUGUUGAGAUCCAUGCCUCAGGAGUUUGUCACACGGAUCUAGCUUGUGCCAGCGGCAAAUUGCCAUGUGCUAAGAAUGCCGUCCUUGGCCAUGAAGGUGGGGGCGUUGUCCUUGAGAUAGGUUCUAAUAUCACGGAUGUCUCAAAAGGCGACAAGGUGCUUCUAUCAUUCUCAUCUUGUGGAACUUGUCCUAGUUGCGUAUCGAACCAUCCCGCUUAUUGUUACACGUUCAACCUUUACAAUUUCGGUGGAAGGCGCGAGGAUGGCUCAGCGACCAUGUUCACCAUCAAAGAUGGCCGUAACAAACCCAUGCACAGCAGAUUUUUCGGCCAGAGCUCCUUCGCCAGGCACACUAUCGUUCAUCGAACAAGCCUUGUCAAGGUCCCACAAGAAACACCACUCGAGCUCUUCGCGCCUCUCGGAUGCGGCAUUCAAACCGGCGUCGGAGCAAUUUUCAACACUCUAAAUGUCAAGCCUGGAAGUUCUGUCGCUGUAUUUGGAGUUGGAUCGGUUGGUUUGGCGGCCAUCAUGGGUGCCAAAGCUCGAAAAGCGGGCACCAUUAUCGCCAUUGACCUCCAAACUUCGAGACUUGAACUGGCAAAAGAGUUGGGCGCGACACAUGGUGUACUUGGACCAGAUCAAGAGCAUAUCAUUGACACUAUCCAAGAAAUCUGUCCACCGAUCGGUGUUGACUUUGCCGUCGACUGCACCGGCGUUCCAGCCAUCAUAGAAACCAUGGUAGCGUCACUGGGAAUGAGAGGAAGGGCUGCAACUGUCGGUGCACCUGGAGGAAUGGCCACAGCUAAAAUUGACAUCAUGAGUCAUCUGACGUAUGGAAAAGAAUACGUUGGGUGCUCGGAGGGUGAUAGUAACCCAGCAAUUUUGAUUCCCGAAUUGAUCAAUAUGCACUCCCAAGGAGCUUUGCCUCUCGAGAAAUUGGUCAAGUACUACGACAUGGAAGAUUAUGAGAAGGCGUUUUCGGAUAUAGAAAGCGGGCGUGUGAUAAAGCCUGUGUUGAUGUGGAGAGAAAGCAGCAAACUAUAG